CCCGGAAACAAACACAUAAGCUUCGCGAUCAGCCGCUGGGCGGGGAUCUACCGGUAAUCGCUCAUCCCCAUCACCACUCACACUUCGUGACCCAUACACCAUCACGAUGAAGACAGUAUUGAUCGCAGCGCUCUUCGGCACGGCCCUGUCCUCGCCCGUAGUGGCGGCCGACGACCCGGUCUCAACACCCUCGCCGACGACGCUCCAGGACGGUGCCUACUGGAUCCGCGCCGUGGCACCGCCCAACUACCACAAGUACCUCCAGACGAUCCCGGCCAACAUCCCCGGGACGGCGCUGCUCGAGUCACACACCACGGCGGGGCAGUUCAACAUCGAGGACGGGCAGCUGGUCAACAAGGUAUCCGACCCGCCGCUGUACAUGUGGGUGGAGGAGCCGGCCGACAAGGCCAACCCGCCGCGCACGCUGGCCACCUCCUUCAACACCUCCAAGAGCACCUUCGGCACCUUCGCCUGGCAGGGCGACACCCUGACCUGGUCGGACCCGAGCAUCAAGCGCCAGAACGUCGGCGCCUGGCUGGUGUGUGCUGAACAGGCCCUGUUCAUCAACACGGGCGCGUACGGCUACCAGACGCCCUCGGGUUGCUCCGAUCAGACGAUCCACUACUAUAACGACAAGACGGCGAACAACUAAGUGGAUGGUGAUGUGGAUAUAUUUGUUGUUACCUUGGCUCCUUGGUUAGAAUCAACCUGAACUUGGGAACUGAAUUGGGGCUUGUCCCACGAGGCCCUCAAUCGUUCUUUUGCAGUGCCUCCACCAGACGUGGACGUUGUUGAUGCCAUGUGGGCUUGCUUGGCGAUAUGGCAGUGACCACGAUACGAACUCUUGACAGCGAGAUGACUAUCCGAGCCUUCCGUGCCGAGAAAACGGGUUAUAAAGAGAUUCGUCUGUGGCUCAGUUUUGAUUGAGCGCGGCAAAUUGGGCAAUCAUCGGGUUGGCGGUUUCAAGUUCGCUCAAGUCGGUUGGCGGCUGUUAAUUUUCUUCAUUCAUCAUUCCCGGUAA